AAAAACAAUUAAAUAAAAAAAAAAAAACCUUAAAAAAAUGGGUAUGUAAAUUUCAAAGCUUUUUGAUAAGCUCUUUAGUAAAAAAGAAAUGAGAAUUCUUAUGUUAGGACUUGACGCUGCAGGUAAAACAACAAUCCUUUACAGAUUGAAAUUAGGAGAAGUUGUAUAAAGUGUUCCUACAAUUGGUUUCAAUGUAGAAAGUGUUGAAUACAAAAAUAUAAAAUUCACAGUAUGGGAUGUAGGUGGUUAAGAUAAAAUUAGAUUAUUAUGGCGUCACUAUUUCUAAGGAACUUAGGGACUUAUUUUCGUUGUUGAUUCUUCUGAUAGAGAACGUAUUGAUAUUGCCAAAGAAGAAUUAUAAAGAAUGCUCUCUGAAGAUGAAUUAAAAGACGCUGUUGUACUUGUCUUUGCCAAUAAAUAAGAUAUGGGUGUCAUGAAUGUUACUGAUAUUACUGAAAAAUUAGGAUUACAUAACCUUAGAGGACGUGAAUGGUUUAUCUAAGGUACUUGUGCACUUAGUGGAGAAGGUUUAUUCGAAGGUUUAGAAUGGCUUUCUAAGACUGUAGCUAAAAAAAAAUGAUUUAAUUAUUUAUUUAUUUUUUAAAAAAAAUAAAAUAUAUAUUUUAUUUGAAAUAUAUAUUGAUUUUGUUUUUAUAUAAUAAUAUAAUAAAUAUUUUUUAAAUUUUAAAAUUUU